GUACGUAUCGCAGAUCAAGCAUUGGUGUUUCCAGAAUGUGAAACUCCUGCCUCGACGACUUUACGUCGUCUCUUCUCCCUCCUUCCUGAUAAGCCCAUGCCACCAAUUGUAUCUACUACCAGCGAAUUAGUCAAGCUCCAAAGUUCCUUUCCUUUUUACCAAACAUACGCCUUUUCUCACGCGAUCAUCUUAUUGCUGCGAAAUAUAAGCGAACGUAUCGAAUAAACGUGUACUUAUCGUGUUAGCGCCUAGCAUGAUCCUUUCUAGUUGACAGAUUCCCGCGAGUCUAGAUUUGACAAGUUCUAUCAUUCCUGGGACACAAUCCUACUUGUGUGAGAUGCCCUACGGGGCUAUGCUCCCAGUAUGCAACUCAGUCCAUUACAGUCUCGACUGGCUGCGUCCGUGAUAGCCUCCUGUCUUUUACUCGUUAUCUACCUAUUUCUAUUCUCCCCGCAAUUCGCUUUGGCCGUCGAGUUCGACCCUGUUUCCGCCGACCACGAUGCUCCCGAAUUGGCUUACGAAAUACAAGAUGCCGAGUCCCCGGAGGAGUUGGACUUCAGAAGCUCGACGUAUGAGCCGGAGUUUGCGCUGUUUGACCGGAGCAUAAUAGGGAGGGUCCCGGAGAAUGUAGCCACGAUAGCCAACAAUCAAGUUACAAAGAGCAAUUUAGCACCCGGCGUUACAAUGGGCUAUGUUUUCCUAGCGUCUUCAGUCUCAAGUAGGGAGACGCAAGAUUCGGAUGGACCAUUGGAGCUCCGAAGAGAUCUGAACGGCACGCAAGAAACGGCCUCGGCAGGCCAUGGCCACGAGGACAUCGUUGUUGAUACAGAAAUUUCUCGGCGAGCGACAAAAACUUUAUGGAUAUCCGCAAAUACUUGUGACCAGCCUUGGCGCUUAUCAUCACAGACUACCAUGGACCCUCCGCAGCUCACCUUAUAUGUGUCGACGUCAUCUGACAAUACCUCUCCUGGCCCGCAACAGGGCACGACUGGGCAGGAUGCUAUUGUAUUCACCGAAGGCGCCGUCAUGUACAACGUUUCUUUAGAUCGAGACAUUUACAUGAGCAUCUCGGCCCCAAGUGUUUCAACAGAGUACUUCGAUACUACGAAGCAGUACAAUUUCGAACUUGUUGCUUCGACGGACCAGUACUACUAUUCGUAUCGCAACGACACGAGCGAAACUGACCUCAUAUGGGUCGACAGCGAUGCAACGGCGGCUCUGCUGCAGACAAAUUAUCUAACUAAUUCCUCGGAUGAAGUUAUCACUACAAUGCCCUAUGUUGUUUUUGCCCACAACCAGGAUAAUAACGUCAUCAAUGGGAUGCGCAACUCCUAUUGUGGUUUGAAAGGGUAUGCUCAGAUUAGGAACCUGGAUGACGGGAGUAGUGGAAUGAUAACCAUGGGGUUAAAAAACGGAGGAGACCAGAACCUAACACGACAGGAGUUCUAUGUCACAGGUCUCAACGCCAGCUCUAAUUAUACUGGAUUUCUUGCUCGUCCGCCAGGAACGGCGAGCAAUUCAAAACGACAGACCGGUUCUUCGAGUAUAGGCGGUGGCGUUGUAUUUGAGCCAACUACAUUCCAAACUAAACCUGAUGGAACAUGUACAUUCAUCUUUAACAUGACAUUUUGCGAUCAAACUCAGUACGCUGUUCCGGGGAAUUUGACCAAUUUCCCUAAUGGCACGGCCCUUGCCGAAUUCUACGAUAAUUAUACACGAACCAUGUACGACAAUUUUGACAAGGUCCUGCAACAAGUUCCCUGCGAAACCAGUUCGGUUGCCCAGUAUUCUUUGGCUAGAGAUUGCGAUGAUUGUAGAACCGCUUACAAGAAUUGGCUCUGCUCUGUUGCAAUACCACGUUGCGAGGACUUCUCGCAGCCUAACCGGCUCUAUUUGCAGAUGCGCAAUAUCGCGUCUCCUUUCGCAAAUGGCUCGUUCGUGAAUCAGAGCCUAAUAGAUCAAUGGGGAGAUUGGCAGGCCUACAACUCGUCUCGGAACCCCGUAAUCGACGAGACCGUUCAGCCAGGUCCAUACAAGGAGUUGUUGCCCUGCGAGGACCUGUGCUACGACUUGGUGCGGAGCUGCCCGGCCUCGAUGGAGUUUACCUGUCCGCGGCCGGUGACCGAUUUCGGCUUUAAUACCAGUUACGGACGAGAUCUUGGUGGCGGCAGUUUGUCAUGCAACUAUCCCGGAUCUGCACACUUUCCGGCUGGAGCGGACACGCUUACUCUUCCUGGGUUGGCAGUUGUCGGCGCUGCAAGCAUACUUUUUAUGGUGCUUCUAUAAGCAUAUCACUUUACGUGGGAAUAGAAGGUCAUUGAAUAAAGGCGUCGUGGCUUAGUUGGUCCGCACUAUUUACGGUCAUGUUAGACGAAGAGCAAGAGACGCCUAAUGAUAGCAUUGAGUAGGCGUUCUGGGUUGAUAUUGUCCCUUAUUCUGUUUCCAGCAAGCACCGUUGGCCCGUUGUGUAGUCAAAUAUUUAUGAACUAUAUUCGCAGUUAGGCGAACUCUCCAUUUACCUGCUGCGAAUCUAUCAGAACGAUGGGUGUAUACCGCACACAACAUUCCAGCUGUCUCGCGCAUGCAGCCGUGGGGAUUAAUGUGUGCUGCUAUCGCCAUUGCAGACGGAUUGUUUUUUUUAAGAGAGGUUAUUAACGGCCAUAAUCGGCCUAUUCCUACUUUAAGAACCAGCUAGGGUGCCUGCUAAAUCUUUCGCGCCUUUUCAAGCUGUUCUAUCCUCGCUUCGAGGUCGGUAAUGGUCGCCCGCAUCUCGCUCUUGAUUUCAUCGUGCUCUAACCGCACCCAAAAGUAGUACGCCAGUUGGUACGUGAAGAUGGCUAGUAGAAACACCUUGGCUAUGGGCCGGCCGAAGGUCUUGUAGAAUUGUGA